AUGACAGAUGCCACUGAGUCCUUCGCCAAGGACCUCCUGGCAGGUGGAGUGGCCGCAGCCAUCUCCAAGACGGCGGUAGCGCCCAUCGAACGGGUCAAACUGCUGCUGCAAGUGCAGGAUGCCAGCAAGCAAAUCACCACAGAUAAGCAAUACAAGGGCAUUAUAGACUGGGUUCGUAUCCCCAAGGAGCAAGGAGUCCUGUCCUUCUGGCGUGGUAACCUGGCCAGUGUCAUCAGAUACUUCCCCACCCAGGCUCUCAACUUUGCCUGCAAAGAUAAAUACAAGCAGAUCUUCCUGGGUAGUGUAGACAAGAGAACCCAGUUCUGGUGCCACUUUGCUGGGAAUUUAGCAUCAGGUGGUGUGGCUGGGGCCACCUCCUUGUGUUUUGUGUAUCCUUUUGAUUUUGCCCGUACCCGUCUAGCAGCUGAUGUGGGCCAAGCUGGAGCUGAAAGGGAAUUCAAAGGCCUCAGUGACGGCCUGGCUAAGAUCUACAAAUCGGAUGGAAUUAAAGGCCUGUAUCAAGGCUUUAAUGUGUUUGUGCAGGGUGUAAUCAUCUCCGGAGCUGCCUACUUCGGUAUCUAUGACACUGCAAAGGGAAUGCUUCCAGAUCCCGCGAAUACUCACGUCUUCAUCAGCUGGAUGAUUGCACUGUCUGUCACAGCGGUGGCUGGGUUGACUUCCUAUCCGUUUGACACUGUGCGCCGCCGCAUGAUGAUGCAGUCGGGGCACAAAGGAACUGAAAUCAUGUACACAGGCACACUUGACUGCUGGAGGAAGACUGCUCGUGAUGGAGGAAGCAAAGCUUUUUUCAAGCGUGCGUGGUCCAAUGUUCUCAGAGGCAUGGGUGGGGCUUUUGUGCUUGUCUUGUAUGAUGAAAUCAAGAAGUUCACAUAA